GGCGGGUAAUUUUGCCUUAUCGUGAUUGCAUUGCGCAGAUCGUGGUUUCCCUGCAAGGUCAGCGGCAGUAAGGAACAAGGAACGUCGUCGUGGUCGCCGAUGAGGCGGCUGGGGCACGACCACGCGGCCAACAAACAAAGAAAGACAUUCACCGAAAUGAGAACAUCAGUGAAGGUCGUAUCGUAGAUCGACCUGCACAGGUCAUCGCUGGUUAAUCUAUUCUUUCUAUGCUCGCACUUGUGCUCGGCAGCUUCGAGGAGAUUAGAGCAAGGGGGACUCGUACCGCAUGGUCAAGCCUGCCACUGUAGAGGAGGGCGCCUCGCCUUGAGCUUCGCAAAGCACUUAGCGUACAACCUGACGGCGGAUUCUGCGUGUAUGUCCCGCCGGUUCGCUUUAGUACACGGCCGUUGAAAGGCGGUUGGUUCUCUCUCUCUCUCUCUCUCUCUCCUUCUCACACACAGACGGUUGCUGUCGUUGAGUAGCAGGAUUCCUUCCCUGUUGCGGCGGCUUGUGACAAAGGCACUCUCUUUUCUCUUCUCAUCCUGUCCUCUCUCUGUCUCUCUGGUGAAUAUUUGGUGGUGUACUUUGAAAGGCGGAGAAGUCGGUAGCAGCUCGGUGACGACGCCAUGGAUGAUGCAGCUGAAAGAGCGAAAGACGCUUACGAGGCGGAGGCAUCGCCGGCCGGUGGAGGGUUUAAUCCGACUUUGACGGUAUUGGUUGUGGUUGUCGGCGUGGUUUUGCUCUUCGUCAUAGCCAAUUGCACCCUGUAUUUCUACGCGAAUAAAACCCUUCCGUCGCGGAAGAAGAAGAUCAUGUCCAAGAAGAAGGCGAAAAGGGAGAAGCUGAAGCAAGGCCUUACUCCUGCUGGCGAGUAAUUAAUUAGUCAUCAAUUUGAACUUGAUUGGUCGAUCGAUUAAUCGAUCGGUGCGACUCGACGCUUUCUGAUUGGUCGUCGUUUUUUUUUGUUUUUGUGAUUUUUCUUCUGUUUAUCCUGGUUACUUCUAUUUGCGUCCAUAUUCAUUCCGAUCUCUCUACUCAUCUGAGGACAGACAGAUGAGCGAGCGAACGAGAGAGCGAGAGAGAGCGAGAGCGAGAGAGAGAGAGAGAGGGAGAGAGAGAGAUUUUCAUUUUCGGUUGCACGAAGCAGAGGAAAGAGUCCGCUUAGUGUGUUCCUUAGGCUACAGGGGAAGGAAGAAAUUCCGAUGGGAAGGAAGUUGAGGUGGUUGUUGUGGUGCUACGUUUAUUACGUGGCGACGGAAAUGCGUGGGCGAUGUGAUGCUACUGAUGGAAGUUGAGGCGAUUCAUAUAUCGCUUUUCUUGUCUCAUAAUCGGCAGUUUUGUGCUCACAUCCCAUCUCCUCCUUCCUGAUCUCCUCCUUCCUGGUGCCGUCACGGAAAUAGCCGUGCGCGUCUUCUUUUCUGUGAUGUUAUCGUUAAGGAAAUGCACUCACUGAGUAAGGAUUCUCAUCGCACUGGUUUUGUAUGUGCUCGUAUCCUUCUUGCUGUUUGCUUUUGAGGGCUUCAUCAUGAUGCUCUUUCCUGUUAUUGCCCCUCCGUUGCCAUGAAUUUGAAGUUAUAAAGUGAGCUUUUCUUUGAUUUAACUACUACAGUAAGUGAUAUAGCCCUCCAGCACUUACUGUAUCAUGAUGUUAUCAGUAGUAAAUCAUGGGCACGGGUGUUAUCAGUAGUAAAUCAUGGGGGUGACGUUCGAACGGCCGAACCCAAUCGCUCUGUGAUGGAGUUACAGAUAGCGAUUGGGUUUUUGGACAUGGAGUAUACAAGGGUGCAUGUCUUACGUGGAUUUGUUUCCGCCACGUAUAUACGACAGUGUGUCGUUGCUGGUUCAUUGGUUCCCCCUCCGGAUCUACCCAGUCAUGCUGGCUUGGCUGGCGAUGGACCAUCGGUAGUAGCAGUAUUAUCAAUUACAGUAUGUCUUUCGUGGAAUCAACGAGAAAAACGCGAGGGUCGUUGUUGUUGAUUGGGGGAAAGAAAGAAAAGGAAAGAAAAAACAACGCGCGGGGGCACAGAUGUGGUUCGGUCUGCGUCCGAUGCGAACGAAGGGCGAGAGGCAUAAUAGGAGGCGCGACUUGAGGAAAAAGAAAAAAAAAAAAAGGCGGCGAGACUCCGUUGGUUGUCGUUUGCCCGUUGUCGAUAGGUAUCGCGUUUGGGUAAGGGUGUAUCCUGUCUGCUCGCAUUUCUGACUGUCUAUGUAUGUAUGUGUAUUGGCAUAGAGAAAUCGACGACCAUAAUACAUACAUGAGAAUGUACAUAUGAUGUGUAUAUUGGUGUGUAUAGGUGUACGUUUAGGGUUCAGCCUCCUGAUGAGUUGGUGAUAAGCCGAUAAAGCAGACUGUUGCAGCCCCGCGCUUACUGCUUUUUCCGUUUCCCGUUCUGUUCACGGUUCACCGUGCAGUUUCUCAUGGCGACGAUAUAUGUACAUAUGUAUGUAUGUAUAUAUAUCGCCUCUUCUCCUUGUAAAUUCCCCGGUUUAGCAGGUAGUGCUAUUUGAUGAGGUAAAAAGUAUAUAUACAUAUAUUUCAUACGGGUUGUAUAUACUUGUAUGUGCCCUAAUUUCCAAUUUUGUAUGUGCUGAUCGGUGGUUGCGCGCCGAGUUACCAAAGAACGUCGUAGGGUGGCCCUAAUUUCCAAUUUUGUGUAGAAGCCCUAAGUCUACUGUGAGGCUAAGCUGGUAAUACUCGG